AUUCACAAUGUGAAGAAGAGGAACCAUAGAAUAGCGAUGAGUGCGAAGUUCUUCACAAAGGAAGUCCCGGGUAAGAUUUCACCUACCAUAUUCUUCAUUUCCGAAAGCUCGCAAUUCUGCAGCAAAAGCCCCCAACCUGUAAGCAUCAAAAAUAGUACGCAUUUCUACAUCAAUACCACCAAAAAUCAACUCGCCUGAAACGUUCAGGAUCAACAUCCUUACAUAUAUCGUAGGCACAGCCGUUAGAAAAUAAGGCACAUUACCUGUGAUGUAUACCUUUGCCAAUUCAUUUUUAUCUUUUGGAUCUGACUUUUUCAUUCAUCUUGAACAUUCCAUACAGUCUUUUCCACAAUUGAAUUAUUUGCAAUGUCGAAAUCAUCCUCAUCAUCCAUACCUCUAAUCACCGAUCCACCAAAAAUCUCAGCUUACAAUCGCGGCCCCAUUUUAACUACCUUCAUACCGCCAGCCUCAUGUCUAUCUACAUUGACAUUUUCAACCAAUAUGUAUUUUGGACAUCGAGAUAAAGGCUACGUAGACGCUGCUUGUUUUCCCAGUAGUACCACAGAUUAUGGUCCGUGGGAAAAUGCAUGGGGUGUUUAUUAUUGUUAGCCUAUAUCUUGAUUACUUUAAGCACUUACUUAUAAAUUUUUAGAUAGUCCGGGAAUAUGCCCACAAGGCUGGUCGCAAGCGGCAACAUUAUCAUCCAGUUUUGGAAAAGGUACUACACAGCUGAAGAUUGGAGACGAAACUACGGCUGUUGUUUGCUGCCCUUCGUGAGUGGCCUGAUAUAUAUAACAACGUUGCUGCGAGAAGCUCAUCACUAAUGCUCUUUAAGUGGAUUUAGCUAUUCAUCGGAUGGCCAUGCAUGCGGCUCGACGUUCUGGACUACUACUUCGACACUCUUUUAUAUUAAUCCUUCACUGAACGCUUUAAAUUCAUGGGUUUCAACUGAUGCCAAUACACCUCUCACGACUAGGGCCUCUGGAUCUCCAUAUAUUAUUUUCGGUGAUGGAAUACCCGUUUGGUGGCAAGCAAGUGAUUUAGGAGUUUUUUCUUCGGCGGCAGCUGCUGCUUUAAUUAGUCCAUCUAUCACCUCUUCAUCCACAGCAUCCUUGGAGUCCGGGUCCGAUUCAGCGACACCGACACCAACUUCAUUAAGCUCACCUCCCCAAACCACACAACCAGGAAAUACAUCCUCAUCCGACUCAAAGACAUCGACACAAACAUCCUUAGGCUCAUCUAUGCAAACCACGCAACCGGUAAACACAUCUUCAUCCAACAAUGGACUUUCCACGGGCAGCGGGAUCGCAAUAGGUGUAGCAAUAGCAUUAUUCGUCCUAGGACUAUCAGCAGGCGUCGCAAAAUGUUUCUUACGUAGACGUAAGGAGAAAAAAGCAAGAAUGGAAUCGAACUCUUCAAUGAUGACUGGUGUGAUUAACUUAUCAGAACAUGGGAGAGAAAUGGUGAACCGGGGGCCGGUUUCGGAACUUUAUGUUGAGGAAGAUGGUAGGAGGACCUGGAGUACGGGGGUGAAGAGAACGAGUGAACUUCCUGGUCAAUGAUACUUGGAGGUAAGAUGAUUGAGAUUCAUCGGUGGAAAAUUAUUUCUGGUCUGGUUGAGAGUGAAUCUUCUGGCAACCGAACAAGUGUUAAAAUUUUUUGAUUGAAAACAACCAAAGACUUGCAGUGGAGGUCUCGAAUACCGACACGCAAUAUCCUAGAGAAUCAAGUACUUCCAGCUUCAGGAGCAAGCAAUGUGAAAAUUAGCGGCAAGAAAUUCGAUGGAGCAUCAAGAGCUAAUACGGUAGAGGGACAUGAUGUUAAUAUUUAUGACGAGAUGAGAUUUUAGAACUUUGCCAUUUUACGUAUAUCUUUAGUAUCAUUCAUUUACAAAUAAUAUAAAACUGAAACUUAAGAAGCAGUUAAUUGGUGCUGUGUAAGAUAUUUAUUAG